CCACUCAUAAAAGGAUCUCGUAAAUCGCAGCUAGGGUUUCUCGCACUCGCUCGGUGAACCAGAGCACGGGAUCAAGCCAGAGAGGAGGUGAAGGAGAAGAUGCCGGCGGGUCACGGUCUCAGGUCGAGGACGAGGGAUCUGUUCUCCCGGCCGUUCAGGAAGAAGGGUUACAUCCCCCUCACCACCUACCUCAGGACCUACAAGAUCGGUGAGUAUGUCGACGUCAAGGUGAACGGCGCCGUCCACAAGGGCAUGCCCCACAAGUUCUACCAUGGCCGCACCGGCCGCGUCUGGAAUGUCACCAAGCGCGCCAUCGGCGUCGAAGUCAACAAACAGGUUGGGAACAGGAUCAUUAGGAAGAGGAUCCAUGUCCGUAUAGAGCACGUCCUGCCCUCUAGGUGCGAGGAGGAGUUCAAGCUGAGGAAAGUCCGGAACGACCAGCUGAAGGCAGAGGCCAAGGCCCGUGGGGAGAAGAUCAGCACAAAGAGACAGCCGGAAGGGCCCAAGCCUGGUUUCAUGGUUGAAGGUGCCACCAUGGAGACUGUCACACCCAUUCCGUACGAUGUGGUCAAUGACCUCAAAGGCGGAUACUGAGCUUAACAACCCCUCUGUUCGUUUCUGGGGUUUCAGUUUUUGUUUAGAGUUUUGUUCCAACUGUCUUUUCUGAUUCAGAUGGGAUGCGGAUUUGUGCUUGCCUUUUGCUGAUAAUUGUUAGUCUAUGAUCUUGAGACAGCUUCAUUUAUCUCAAUUGAAACUUAGAGUCUUCAGACAGUUGAAUACACUUGUUUACAUCGAAA